AAAGCCAAGGAAAAUAUUCAGGAAAUGAAGAAAGAACUUGAUUCACUGAUGGAAGCAGCUGAAAAAGCUUUUAAAGUGGAGCUACUGAAGAUUCCAGUUGCUAUCAGAAAAAUGAAGAGGAAAGACUUGCUUAAUCUGCAAGGGAAGGAGGAGCCUGCUGCUGCUGUGGUUGCUGUUGUAGGGAAUGAUUGCCUUGUAGAAGACUUGUCAAGGUCCAAAGUAGUGAGGACUGGCAGCAGAAAGGUAAAGGUAACUACAAUUGUUGAGUAUGAAGAUGAGAAGAAAGUGUCAACAAAGAUGCCCCAAAAGGCAUCUAAAACAAAAUCAUUGGUGACAGUUUCUGGCCUAAGCAGAAAACAAAACAACUCUCUUCCAAGGUCUAUGUGCUCUACUUCAAAUAUGAGGCAUGCUGUUAAGGCUCUUACUUCUGGUGCCACACCUAGAAACUACAGAACCAAUGCACGGGUUGCUAGAAGUUCUGGCCUACCACAGACGGCUCACUUGAGGACUGCACCGUCCAGUGGAAAAGUCCACGGCAUGUUGUUAAGAAGCAACUCAGUGCCUCGGAAAAAAGCUGUUCCAUUUGUUAACAUACCUCUGUCAGAUGGACAGACACUCUCAACCGCUGGUGAAGACCUCCGUAACAUUAAUGUGGAGUUACUUAAUGAUGAUACAGUUCAGCAUAUUCAUAAUCUAGUGAGCCAGUUGACUGUAUUAUGUGGGAAGGCAACAGUUAAGCCAAGUUAAGAGACUUCUGUGAAGAUUCCAUUGUCUUUUGAUUUGAAGGAAUAUUUAUAGUGACUAGCCUUUUGUCUAGUCUAAUGUUUAGAGAAUGUAUUUAACACUUUAAAUAAAGCUUUAUAUCAAAUAAAUGCUUUGGCCACAUUUAAUCCUAAAACUGCAGGAUCCUUAAAUGUUUCAAGCACAAACUAUUACUUUUUCCAACUCCUCUCAGAAAGGUUGGACUUUCUACCAUUUACUGUCAUCUAAAACAGGGUGAUCCCACUGUGGCAGCAGGCAAUCUACAAGUACUCAACUGGUGGCCUGUAGGCUCCCACCCCUUGUAUCCUGGGCUCCCUGCACUUUCCCCAUGGGUCUGGGUGUGCCAUUUGCCAUCACCACACCCCCCUACCUUCUCCCUCCUGCUUUGUUCCCUGGACAGCACUUUCUUCCUCCAUCUUCUGCUUCCUGGGGGAGAGGAGAACAAGGCAGCAGUGUGGCCUGUGCCUGCUUGAAAUUUGGACAGCCCUUAUCUAAACUGUUCCUUUACCAGUUUCUUCUCUCUAUACAGUUCACUGAGCAAAUUUGAUUAUAGAUGUUUACAAAUUAUGUAGGAAGAUAAUGGCAUAAAGCCAGAACCUGGAUGUUUUCUAACAGAUGUUCGAAAUACUGGCUGAUACAGUAACUGCCAGCUCCACAGUUAUGGGAAAUUGUUCUAUCAGUACUAAGCAUCAAUUCAAGAUGAUGUUAAAGUGGGCCUAACUUGCUCUUCUACACAGUAUUUUAGGCAAGCUUAAUUUUGUUACACCCCCCCACCCACUGCCCAGCCUGAAAAAUACAAACCAAUAAGAGGAGAAGCUAUGCAACUCCUUUCCAACUAUUCUUCUAGCCUUUAGUCAUGAGGCUAGUCCCAAUAAUAAUCCUUCUGAAAAAUAUUUGACAGCUGAUUUCAUCUUAAAUCAGGUCAGCAUUUUACUGGACUUCCUCAAAUUCAUAUAGGUGUGUGCUUUAAAUUCUUAAGAUGUCUAGACUUUUUGAAUUCCAGAUCUGUAUAAAGGUACUAGUAGCUCCUAUAUUCACCAGACCCCUAGAGUGAGUGAACUUGGCACUGGGUUUAUAACCAACAAGCUUUUGUCAAACAUUUGAAAGUCCUUUUUACAGUCUAAUGUAGAGUAAUACCUAGAACUACUGAUGUUGUAAAAACAUCCCUACAGCAGAAGUAGCUUUUCAUGUCAGAACAACUACGUGAACCUGAAGCCACUGAAUAACCUGUAGCAAACAAUUAUGUUUUUUAACACGGUUACACUUUUGCAUUUUUACUAAGUGCUUCUGGUGGCUUCAUUACAAUUCCCCUAAAGCAGUGGUUCCCAACCCUGGGUUGUAACCCAAAUGAGGGUCACAGGGGCACUGCCAGCAGUGCUGCACAGAAAAGACAAGCUAUGCCAGGAGGUCCCCUGGGCUGCUGCUGCUGCCAGCGCACGUUGCUCCCAGCAGCAGGGCGUUGUGGGGGGGAAUUUGGGAACCACUGCCUUAAAGCUUACACUUCUGUUCUCUAGGUCCUCUGGAGUAAUGUACUUGAAAGACUCAUGGUUUGUUUGUUUGUUUGUUUUAAACUAGAAAUAGACAUAAGUAAAAUAAGUGGGGUAAGGCAACAGGGCAAGCCUCAGCUGCUGUGUCGCUGCAGUAGAAAACUUCUUGCAAGUAGGUUUCUUUCUGUGUAUGCUGCUUGUGGAAAUGAAUACUUUUUGAGUGGAAAAGGGUAGAGAGAGGAAAAAAUUGUCUCUAGUUUUUUGUGCAGUAUAGAACUUUUUAACCUAACAUCAUAGCAACAAAAUUUAAAACAAGUAAAUUCCCCAUGCUUUUAAGUACUGUAACUGCAGUUGGUGUUUCUGGCACUUCAUUUUUUCAGCAACUCCUUCAUUAGAAUCUCACUAAUAGAGGAAGAAACAUUGUCUCAUUUGAAGCAUUCAACUAUGCAUGGGCUAAUUUUCCCCUUGUGAUUUCCUUAAACUCUACAUUUGGAAUGAUAAAGAGGAAACAAGGUAAAUGUGUGUGUGUGCGCCUGUGUCAAAUGCUAACUUUCUAUCAUUACUAAUAAAGGUAGAAAACUGAAUCAUGCCUUCCUGUUUUAAGUUGAAUUUGAGUUGACAUGGCUUUGGGUAUGUGUAAGGAGUAGUCAUUUUAUUUUGUACCUUGCUGUUUCUCAGAGUAGAAGUCUACAAGACCCCAAAUCUAGGCCAAGACUUCUUUUAUGCAUCAACCACAGUCUAACCUCUAAAGUUAGUGCCCUAAUCUCACAUGUAAAAUGUCAUUGCUGGUGCAAUAUAGGUCUAAGCCCUAACAACUAUCAGUCUGAUACUGCAGUAUCAAUACACAUAGCCUGGGAGUAGACAGUUGUAGUUCAAGUAGAUCAGUACCACUCAACUUCUUUCCCCUGCAGUGUGGUGGUUCAGUCCAGUCUUGUAAAUGGAGAUAAUUGUCUGACUUUCCUUCACUAAAUAAUCCAACCACACACUUUCACUUGGAAAAAGUAGGUACAGACUACUUUGGCUUGAUAUCUUUUUUUUUUAAUCAAACUUUAUAGCCAAGCUUUGAAAUUGUAAUGCCAAUUGUUGUCUGAGUUGUGUUGAUUGUACAAGGCAGAUAAAAAUAUAGUUAACAUAUGUUGACACUAUCUAUAAAUAUAUAUUUAUAUCAACCUAGUGAAUUCUAGGUAGAAGGUGCUGCUCUGCCACAUUUCUUUUGUCUUGAGUAGAGUACGAGGGGACAGAUUUAAUAAUUUGAACUUUAAAACAAGUUAUUUAAAAGAAAAAUAUUUAGAUGGUACCAAAACCUGGAGCUGCCUUAUGUAUUUGGCUCAAUUGCUUUGUACUUCUGCAUUUAGGCUACGAUUCUUUUAACUGAAGCCUGAGUAGGAUCUAGAAAAUAGUCCUAAAUCCUUGGUGUAAGCACACUCAAAAUAUAUCUACAAUAGCAUUUCCCAACCUUUUCCAGCCCAAGGCACAUAUUACAUUAAUAAAAUUUUUCUAUGGCACACCUGUUAAGGCCUUCCCCAUCCUCAUACCUGUUGUAGCUCAUUGUCAUGGCAAAAUUCCACAGCACACCUGCUCACUUCUGACAGCACACUUCUGUGCUAUGGCACAGUGGCUGGGAAACACUGACCUACAGCAUACAUCAAAAGGAUUAGGCUUCUACCUCAUAUACAGUUGUGACUACCUCUGAUUUCUGUUAAAAAGAAAAUACAGGGGGUGUGUUUUUUUUUUUUUUUUUUUCUUUUAUUAUGAAGGACUGACCUAGCCCCUAAGAACUGGAAGACUUGGAUUCGAUUCACUCUGCAACUUGAAGGGCAGGAGUAGUGUUCAAAUCUGUAUCUUGUUCCAGGAGUAGACUUUCCCAACAGCUCAGAUGAUUUCCCAUAUGCUUGCUUGAAAUUAUAGUUGUAGCAAAGAAAGCAAGUUAGAUCUGUUCUGCAGAAACCAAUAAUUCUUAACCUCUUUAGGCUCAAUGCACCCCUGAGGACAGAGGUAGGCAAAAUGCAGCCCACCAGGCUAUUCUAUCUGGCUCAUGGGGCCCCUAAAUAUUAAUUUUCUAAAUUUUUUAUCUGCCCCUAACUGCCUAUCAUACAGCCCUCAAUGGCUUGCAAAAACUCAGUAAACGGCCCUCCACCCAAAAUAAUUGCCCACCUCUGCCUUAAGACAUGCCAGCCCCUAGUUUUCACUUGUUUUUUUUUUUACUAUGGCAAAGUAGCAGAAUAGCUGUUCUGCUGCAAUAAUUUUUAACACUACAGAUUCCUGUUUGAAACUGUGGGCUCACUUUGUGAAUGACUUUUUCAUACUUAACAGUGUUGAUAUUGAAUGGCAUAUUACAGCACCCUUGCAAGGCCCGGAAGAAGGCUGGUUGACAAUCAUUGGUUCAAGUACUGCUUCAAAGGUUGGUAGCGUUAUAAGUUAGGUUUGUUACCUUCAUUAUUGUAGUUCUGAUAUAUUACCAGAUAUGUACAUUUAAUAAAACAGAGUUGGGGUUUCUCUUUUAGUUAGUACUCAAGAUCUGCUUUAUUCUUCCCCUUUGAUUGUUUUUUAAACUGCUCUCAAACUCAAUUAAAUAUUUUACCAUAGUUAUACACCACAAUAUUCCUUGCUUUAUUUAAACUAGUUUCUUCUAUUCACCAACAGUCUUAAUUUUGAGAUUACGAAUUUAUAUGACUAGUAGUUAGGAGAGGCUGGAGGGAAGGUAAGUUACCUACAGACAACACCUCCCCAUAGUGUUAGGAGUAUCUCCACACAAGUGGAGGCUAUCUUUUCCAGACAAAUAGUAACAUUUGCCAUCGCAGAUUACAAGCCCUUCUUUCUAGUUAGCCCACAUAAGAUUGCUAAAAUGAAAGCACCAAGAUCAUCUACAGCACUAGAAGGGGGAAGAUAGGAACUACAAGUUAGUGAUUCCACAAUAAAUAUAAGCAAAGUAUAAGGAUUCUGUGCAGUUAACAGCCAAAACUGAAUUGUAGAAAUCCUUAGUUUUAACUUUGACAAGCUUAAAAGGAAGUACAUAUCCAAAAUAGUCCACAGCCUUGUUUUUUCCUUUCACCUAUUGGAAGACAUUCUACAAGAGCAUGAAUUAGGAAGCAAGUGUUUGAGAGAAUUAAAUUCAGAGCUGUUUAUAAAUCAUGCUUUUCUCAUCUUAAGAGAAUCACUUAAGAAUUAAAAAGUGACAUGAACAACAAGAAAGUUGUCUUAACUUAUUCUGAUGUCUGAAGCUGUCCUUUUCUGAAUUGCUUAGUUAUGCUAUCCACAUAAGCUAUGAAUUUGUCAUUUUUUCAGCAGCCUCUUCAAAGGUUGGAACAGACUCUCAAGUAGGACUUUAACACUGGGGAAAUAAAUGCAACUUCAUUUUGCUUCUUAAUUCUAUAAAUGGAAGUUGGAAUGAGAAAUUCUCUAUGAGGGUAAAAAAUUUACUUAAAUCAAGCUAUUGGUACUUGACAUUGUUGGGAAGGGGAAAAAGAUAUCAGUAAGUCCUUUCACUUUAGUGAAUAAAUGAAAGUGGAUAUAAUAACUAGAAGGUACAGUAAAAAAUGUGAAACAAAACAUUUUUAGGCAGUUAUUGGAAAAAAGCUUAAAAUAAGGAAUAAUUCUACUUCAACUACACUUUCUGGACUCAGUACUGUUAGCAAAAGAAUCUACACUUAUGGGAAAAAGUGAAGGAAUA